ACCUAUCUUCUAUAUAAAUAAAAUUUUCCUGGAAAAUUCUCACCACUUUCUACAUACCCAAACACUCCUUUCUCAAUUCCUUUCUCCAUCUCUUUCCAUUUCCAUAUACAACAGAAAACUUUAUCGAUGUCAUCAUCAGGACAGCCUCAAUUUCGAUACACACAAACACCAUCGAAGGUAUUGCAUCUGCGAAAUCUUCCAUGGGAAUGCACAGAAGAAGAGCUAGUUGAGCUCUGUAAACCCUUCGGAAAGAUCGUUAACACUAAGUGUAAUGUCGGCGCCAAUCGCAAUCAAGCUUUUGUUGAAUAUUCUGAUUUAAAUCAAGCCAUUCAAAUGGUUUCCUACUAUGCAUCAUCGUCUGAGCCGGCACAAGUACGUGGUAAAACGGUUUACAUUCAGUACUCAAAUAGACAUGAAAUUGUCAACAACAAGAGCCCGGGUGAUGUUCCUGGAAAUGUAUUGCUGGUCACUAUUGAAGGUGUAGAAGCCGGUGACGUCACCAUCGAUGUCAUCCACUUGGUAUUUUCAGCUUUUGGCUUUGUCCACAAAAUUGCUACUUUUGAAAAGGCUGCAGGUUUCCAGGCACUUAUCCAAUUCACCGACUCGGAGACUGCAUCUUCUGCAAGAAAUGCCUUAGAUGGAAGAAGCAUACCAAAGUACUUGCUUCCCGAUCAUGUCAAUUCCUGUCAUCUGCGCAUUUCAUAUUCUGCACAUACUGAUCUAAAUAUCAAGUUCCAGUCACAUAGGAGCAGGGACUAUACAAAUCCUUAUCUGCCUGUGAAUCCUACUGCUAUUGAGGGACCUGUUCAGCCUACUGUAGGUCCUGACGGAAAGAAGAAAGAACCUGAGAGUAAUGUACUUCUUGCAUCAAUAGAAAAUAUGCAGUAUGCUGUAACAGUUGAUAUUAUCCACAUGGUGUUUUCUGCAUUUGGUACUGUCCAGAAGAUUGCUAUUUUUGAGAAAAAUGGUGGAACGCAGGCAUUAAUCCAGUACCCUGAUGUUGCAACUGCAGCUGCAGCCAAAGAAACUUUGGAGGGACACUGCAUUUAUGAUGGUGGCUAUUGUAAGCUUCAUCUAUCAUACUCUCGUCAUACUGAUCUCAAUGUAAAGGCUUACAGUGAUAAAAGUAGAGAUUAUACGAUACCAGAUGCAAGUUUGCUUGCGGCAGGACAGGCUCCCGGAGUUUCUUCUGCUCCAACGGCGUGGCAGAAUCCUCAGGCUUCUUCAAUGUACCCCGUCAACAGUUAUGCCUCUUCAGCUUCCAUCCCCGCCGGCCAAGCGCCCACUUGGGGUCCUAACUUUCCAUCAGGUCCUCCAGGCACAUUUCCAGUCCAAUCAUAUCAAGGGUCAACAACCCCAAUACGGACAUAUGUCUCUGCGGCAAUGCCUCCCCUUCAACAAGGAAGCGGUUCAGCUUCGAUGCAAAUGAAUCAGCAAGGGGUUCAGCCAAAUGUUCGAAACGGUGGUGCAUCACCCCCAGAUCUUUCUCGUUAUUACGGACAUUGAUGUUGUAUGUUACUCUUAUUACACUCUGUUGGGACAUUUGUUUAUGGUAUAAAAUCUUCCGGAUUUGACA